AUGGGACCUUUGAAUCUCCUUCCAACCGUGGUUCUGUCCAUGUGCUGUCAUGUUCAGUUUGCACUAGCCUGGACGGUGAAUAAUUUCCUCAUGACUGGACCUAAGGCUUUUCUCACCUAUGCCGGUAGUGUGCAAUUGGGCGCACAGGGUGGAAUACAUGAGUGUAAACACCAGUUCGCGUUGGAGAGGUGGAACUGCCCAGAAAACACGCUCCAGUUGUCCACACACAACGGCCUUCGAAGUGCCACAAGGGAGACGUCUUUUGUCCAUGCCAUCAGCGCGGCAGGAGUGAUGUACACGCUCACCAAGAACUGCAGUAUGGGAGACUUUGACAACUGCGGCUGUGAUGACUCCAGAAUUAGACAGACAGGUGGCAGAGGGUGGAUUUGGGGAGGCUGCAGUGAUAACGUGGCGUUUGGAGAGAAGAUCUCCAAACAGUUUGUGGACGCGCUGGAAGGUGGGCACGACUCGCGCGCAGCGGUCAACCUGCAUAACAACGAGGCAGGCAGACUGGCCAUCAAAGCGACCAUGAUGAGAGCGUGUAAGUGUCACGGAGUGUCCGGGAGCUGCAGCAUCCAAACCUGCUGGAUGCAGCUGGCCGACUUCAGAGUGGUGGGCAACUACCUGAAGGUGAAGCACGAACACGCGAAGAAGCUGGAGAUGGACAAGAAGCCGGCAAAGGCCGGGAACAGCGCGGACAACCGAGGGGCCAUAGCGCACGCCUUUCGGAGCAUCGCUCGCACAGAGCUCAUUUACCUGGAGGACUCCCCGGAUUACUGCGUUAAGAACCGGAGCCGGGGAUUUCCGGGCACCGAGGGGCGGGAGUGUCUGAAGGGCAACAUGAACAUGUCCCUUUGGGAGCGAAAGAGCUGCCACAGGCUGUGCUACGAAUGCGGCCUCAGAGUGGUGGAGAAGCGCAUCGAGGUAGUCAGCAGCUGCAACUGCAAGUUCCACUGGUGUUGCACAGUGAGGUGCGACAAAUGCGCGCGGCUUGUUACCAAAUAUUUCUGUGCGCGUAAAGAAGGUGGGAGAAAACCGCAGAAUAAAACAAAGCGCAGGCACCGUGCGCGCGGCCACUGA